AUGCCUUGCAUUCUCCAGAGACGGCUUGUGAGUAACACGUACCAAAACCCCAGGCCAGUGGCCGGCGUGCUGACGCGACACAGGCUGGCUUACACCGGGGGCAAUGACACGCUUGUACGCGUCUGGAAGAUGGACAAGGGCUCGGAUGAGGAGCCCGAUGUUGCAUACGAGGCAGGGGAGAGUAUCACGGCUGUCGCUACCGGGGAGGACUGCUGGCUCUCGGGAAGUGAAGAUUCGGAGGUUAGGAGAUAUGGCAGGAACUCUACCGCGCUGGAGGGGCUCGUGACGGGCGGAAACGGAGCAGCUGUCCGUUCUCUGGCUAUCGACCCUAAGGGAAAGCGGGUUGCUGUUUCAUCCGAGGAACCUGUGGUGAAACUGAUUGACUUGCAAGAUACGCUGAAAGUAUCGUUGUUAUCCGGGUAUACGAAGUGCGUGCGGAAGGUGACAUGGCACCCGUCCGGGUCUUUGCUGACGACAUCAGGGGCGGAUGGGAAGAUCAUAGUGUGGGACGUUUCGGAAGACGAACCCAAACAAGAGAAGGUCAUCGAGGGCGUAAUACCCGCCGUCUCAGACUCGGAAGCUCCCGAGUUUGUGCAUGACUGCUCCGCUGUUUGGCACACGUCCGGUCAGCACUUCUACGCCCCCACCAGGACGCAUGAAAUCGCUAUCAUCUCGCGUAGCUCAUGGACAAAGACGUCCACCCUCACUGAUGACUCUUCGUUAGGCGACGUAACUGCGUUGGCUCUCUCUCCAAACGGCCUGUAUCUAGCCUCUGCUUCUCAAGCGGGAGUGUUCAUCUGGUCAACCCAUAAUCGGAGGGUGCUGUUCAGGUACGUGCAUCCUGGCACCCCGAACGCAACUAUCACCCACCUAGCCUGGUCGCCCUCGCAAAACCUCCUCGCAUGGACAGACACCGAGGGUAUCCUCACCCGAUGGCCCCAGCCAGUCCCAGCCUCUUCCCCCGACCCCGUCAAGCUCUCCUCGGUAGCAGCGGUGACGACCGUCCCCGUCAAGAGGAAGCCGGAACUGUCGUUGUUCGACGAGGACGCCGCGGACGACGGUAAAACCAACCCAGAGGCCGAGCCGGAUGUCGAUCUCGACAAUGAUGACUGGAUUUUGGAUGAUAUUGGGAUUGGGAUGGAUGAUGAACCGGAAGAGCAGAGGAGUAAGAAGGACGGGUUUGUGAAAGAAAUGGUGAGCGUAACAAAAGCCCAACCGCCUUUCCAGCCCGGUUCGACGCCAUGGACCAAUAAGAAGAGAUAUCUCGAUUACAAUAUGAUCGGAGUGAUCGAGGUAACUGACCAAGACACUCACCACAUCGUGAAUGUCGAGUUCCACGAUAAGACAACUCGGAAGGCGAUACAUUUCACUGAUCACUUCAAGUACGAUCUAGCAUCAUUGGGUGAAAGAGGCGCACUCUUCGCCUGCCCGCCUGAGAACGACCAUCCCGCCCAUGUCACUUAUAAGCCAUACGGGACAUGGGCUUCCCAGGGUGAAUGGACCUACGAACUGCCGAAAGGUGUCAGAGCUGUCGGGAUCGCUGCAGGCGGUCCGCGUGCGACGAAGUCGCAGCGGGUGAUGUCGGACGGCGACAUCCAGGGUUACGGAAACGUCGUGGUCGCUACUAAUCAGCAUGAGAUUACCCUCCUUAGUGGGACUGGCAUUGAACGUAUUAGUCUCGGUCUUGACGGUGACUAUGUGACCAUGGUCGCCGGAACGGAAUUCGCGUUCGUUGUGACUCGAGAUGGAGCAACGACGAUAGACGGCUCCCAAAACUUAAUGGGUACUAUAUGGGAGUUCGAUGAUUUCAGUGUCUUGCAGAAGCAGAAGUUACCUAUCCCCAAAGGAAGUACCCUCAAAUGGGUCGGCAUCACUGAAGACGGGGCGCCAGCCCUUUACGAUUCCAACGGCGUCCUAUACACCAUGCCCCGAUUCCGCAUGCCGCUUCGAGCAUCCUGGGUCCGGUCAUUAGACACAAAUACUCUCGAAAGACGGGAGGGCAAGGACGAAUCAUACUGGCCCGUAGGCGUUACAGCCGAUAACUUCAUGUGCUUAAUCCUGAAAGGUCGUCAAGAAUAUCCUGGGUUCCCGAGGCCUCUCAUACAGGAACUUCCGAUCAGGUAUCCUUUCAGACGCAGAGACCCCAAAGAGGGGCCACUGGAAGAACACUUUGCCCGCGAGUCAAUGCUUCUCAACAUCAAACGCGAUGCCUUGGGAGAUGAGCUCACAACGGACGAGAUUUCUCGACGCGAGCUUGCCCUGGAUAAGGAGCUAAUCCAGCUGAUCCAGAACGCCUGCAAAAACGACAGGCUACCUCGUGCACUGGAGUUGACAUCGAUGUUGCAUCACACAGCUUCUUUCGACAUGGCGACAAAGGUUGCUGGAUUCUAUCAUCUCGUGGGUUUACAGGAAAAGAUGGAGGCUCUCAAAGAGGAUAGGAUGAGCGACGACCGUUUGGAAAUUGCCAGAGAAAAGCGGAAACGGUGGAUGGGUGACUCCGACCCCGUACCGCCACCAAGGCUUCCUGAAGAACGAUCAUCAACGCGGAGACACAAUCCCUUCCAGGACUUUGGCCCGCCUCCGGCGAUUUCAAGGCCAGGUCUGGCUCCCGCACGGCCGGGCGACAGUCAUAGAGCAUCCACAAUGACAUCAAGUCGUCAUGCUGAAGAUUCCGAGAUGCACCAGGAUUCCUCCCCAGCUGGGAAGCGGAAGAGACCAGAAGACGAACAUGAUAUACGCCAGUCGUUGUCCCCCGAGGUGGAGAAUGCUUCCAAGCGACGCUUUUCAGUAGAGGCAGCAUCCAAGCCUACGGCUGGUUCUAAUCCCAAAGCAAGUGAGUGA